UCCUUUCAAUCCCUACAAUGAUUCGGACUAUUUAUUUCUAGUAUUCUCUUCUGCUUAAGUAAACCUUCCCGCUAUAAUCAUAACCCAUGUUUUGUUUUGCGUGAACCUUCCUUUCUUUUUAGCAGCUUUCACGAGCUUGUUUAAUCGUCAGUGAACUAAACCACAAACCCAGAAUUUGAUAAACCCCGAACAGAGAAGAUGAGCACGGUGGAUAAAAUGCUCAUAAAAGGAAUCCGGAGCUUCGAUCCGGAAAACAAAAAUGUCAUCGCCUUCUUUAAACCCCUAACCCUAAUCGUUGGACACAAUGGCGCUGGCAAAACUACGAUUAUAGAGUGUUUGAAGCUUUCUUGCACCGGGGAGUUGCCUCCAAAUGCAAGGUCCGGCCAUAGUUUCAUUCAUGAUCCUAAGGUUGCAGGGGAGACGGAGACAAAAGGUCAAAUUAAGCUCCGGUUUAAGACAGCAGCGGGAAAAGAUGUGGUCUGUAUAAGGUCAUUCCAAUUGACACAGAAGGCUUCUAAGAUGGAGUAUAAAGCAAUCGAGAGUGUUCUUCAGACGCUAAAUCCUCACACUGGAGAGAAAGUUUGCCUCAGCUACAGAUGUGCUGACAUGGACCGAGAAAUCCCAGCUUUGAUGGGUGUCUCAAAAGCUAUCCUAGAGAAUGUGAUUUUUGUUCACCAAGAUGAGGCCAAUUGGCCUUUACAAGAUCCUUCGACUUUGAAAAAGAAGUUUGAUGAUAUAUUCUCAGCUACUAGAUAUACAAAAGCUUUGGAGGUCAUAAAAAAACUUCACAAGGAUCAGGCUCAAGAGAUAAAGUCUUACAAGCUAAAACUGGAGCACUUACAGACCUUGAAAGAUGCUGCAUAUAAGCUUCGAGAAAGCAUUUCCCAGAACCAAGAAAAAACAGAAUCAUUGAAAAGCCAAAUGCAAGUCUUGGAGAAAAACAUUGAUGACCUGGAUGCUAAGAUUCAUAAUGCCGAGUUAACCCUGAAGGAUCUGCGGAAGCUAGAGGACCAAAAAUCAACAAAGACUGCCGAAAGGAGCACUUUGUUCAAGGAACAGCAAAGACAAUAUGCAGCUCUUGCUGAGGAAAAUGAAGAUACUGAUGAAGAGUUGAUGGAAUGGAAAACCAAGUUUGAUGAGAGGAUUAUGUUAUUGGAUAAUAAAAUUCAGAAAAUGGGGCGUAACCAGCAGGAUUUGGAUGAAGAGAGCUCUGCUUAUCGGCGUAAAUUAAAUAAGUGUACUGAGGAGAUUGGCAAGCUUCAAAGGGAUGCUGAGACCCUUGUGAUGUCAAAAAAAGACAGAGAUUCUGCCAUUGAACGAUUGUUUGCACGACUCAAUUUAGGAUCUACUCCUAAUAGCCCCUUUAGUGAUGAAGUUGCUUUGAACCUCAUGAGCCAAAUAGAAGCGAGGUUAAUGGAGCUCAAUAAAGAUUUGGAUGAGAAAAAGCAAUCAAAUGACCUGAAGCUAAAGACUGCAUGGGAUUGCUACCUGGGUGCCAGUGAGCGUUGCAACAUUGCUGAGGCUCAGAAGAAGGCAAAAUCAGAAAUCAAAUGUUCUGUUUUGAAACGUUUGGAAGAGACAAAAAGUAAUCGUGAUUCUCUUGAAAUUCAAAUUUCGGAUGUCAAUCUUUCUCUCCUUGAUGAAAGAGAAAAGAAUAUGCAAGUUGAGAUGGACAGAAAGAAAAAACAACUUGAUGAACGAAACCACGAUGAAAUCAUACAACAAAAGCAGCAGGAGGUGUUUGCCAUAGAUCAAAAGAUUAAGGUACUUGGUCAUGAGAGAAACCUUGCUGCUAAUGAUGCCAAAGAGAGAAUGGAGCUAUCUAUAAAAAAGAGAGAAUUGGAGGAUAAGAAGAAACAGCAAAAAAAGAUAAUUGAAGAGUACAAAGACAGGAUUAGAGUAGUGCUAAAAGGGAGGGUUCCUCCUGACAAAGAUCUGAAAAGGGAAGUUACCCAGGCUUUAAGGGCUGUUCAAAUGGAGUAUGAUGACUUGAGCACAAAAUCCAGUGAAGCUGAGAAGGAAGUAAAUAUGUUGCAGAUGAAAAUAGAUGAUAUUAAUAAUAACCUAUCCAAAUAUAAGAAAGAAAUGGACUCUAGGAAGAGAUUUCUUGAAGCCAGACUAAAUUCUUUGGAGAAACAAUCUUUUACCAUUGAUUCCUACCUAAAAGUCCUGGAGACUGCACAGGAGAAAAAAGAUGUCCAUAAAAGCAAAUACAACAUUGCAGAUGGCAUGAGGCAAAUGUUUGAUCCAUUUGAAAGAGUUGCCCGUGCUCAUCAUAUUUGCCCCUGCUGUGAGCGUCCUUUUUCUGCUGAAGAAGAAGAUGAAUUUGUUAAGAAGCAAAGAGUCAAGGCAGCUAGUUCAGCUGAACAUAUGAAAGUGUUGGCUGUGGAAUCAUCAAAUGCCGAGUCUUACUUUCAGCAGUUGGACAAGCUUCGAAUGGUUUAUGAGGAAUAUAAUAAAACUGUAAAGGAGACAAUUCCUCUUGCUGAGAAAACUUUGCACGAACUAACUGAAGAGCUGGAUCAAAAGUCUCAAGCUCAUUAUGAUGUGUUAAGUGUUUUAGCCCAAGUAAAGACAGACAAAGAUGCUAUUGAGACUUUGAUGGGACCUGUUGAAACUGCUGACAGGCUCUUUCAAGAAAUUCGGGGUUUGAUAGCAGAAGUUGAACAUUUGGAAUGUAAGUUUGACAUUGGAGGGCAAGGUGGUUCUAGAACUGUGGAAGAGAUCCAAUUGGAGCUAAACAAUUUGCAAAGCAGAAGGGAUGCUUUAUAUAAUGCUGUGGAGGACUUAAGAGCAGAACAGAGGUACAUGGAGAAGGAUUUGCAAAGCAUUCAGGUGCGUUGGCAUGAUGCAAGGGAGAAAAAAGUGGAGGUCGCUAACACAUUGCGUGAUUUUAAAAAGGCAGAAGAAGAGAUAGAGAACAUGUCUGAGGAGAGACGCCAACUUGAUCUUGAGGAGAAGCAUUUAGCACAGGCUCUCAACUCGGCAGUUAAGGAGAAGGAAUCAUUAUUGAAUGACUAUGAUUGCUUGAAAGUAAAACUCGACGAGGAAUAUGAGCAGCAGCAGGAACUUCGACGCUCAUAUCGGCAUGAAGCUGAAGAACUCUAUGAAAUUAACAGAAAGAUUAAAGCGUAUUAUGAUUUAAAGAAGGGGGAGAAACUAAAGGAACUGCAAGAACAGAAGUCUUUGAUGGAAUCUCAACUUCUCAGCUGUGAUGCUAAGAAACAGGAAACAUUGGCUGAGCUAAACAAAAGCAAAGACUUGAUGCGUAAUCAAGAUCAACUAAGACGUAAUAUUGAGGAUAACUUGAAUUACAGGAAAAUAAAAGCUGAUGUAGAUGUGCUUACUCAUGAAAUUGAGUUACUGCAAGAGAGAAUAAUGGAGAUUGGAGGUAUUUCCAAAUUUGAAGGUGAACUCCGAAAAGUCUCUGAAGAAAGGGAGCGACUUCUUUCAGAGCUCAACAGAUGCCGAGGAACAAUUUCCGUUUACCAGAAUAAUAUUUCGAAGGACAAGGCUGAUCUUAAACAAGCGCAAUACAAGGACAUUGACAAGCGGUACUUUGAUCAGCUAAUCCAGCUUAAGACAACUGAGAUGGCAAACAAGGACCUGGACAGAUACUACAAUGCACUUGACAAAGCACUCAUGCGCUUCCAUUCUAUGAAAAUGGAGGAAAUAAACAAAAUUAUAAGAGAAUUGUGGCAGCAAACAUACAGAGGGCAAGAUAUAGAUUAUAUUAGCAUUCAUUCGGAUUCUCAAGGUGCUGGAGCUCGUUCUUACAGCUAUAAGGUUCUUAUGCAAACUGGUGAUGCGGAGCUUGAAAUGAGAGGACGAUGUAGUGCAGGUCAAAAGGUCCUUGCUUCUCUAAUCAUACGGUUGGCUUUAGCCGAGACGUUUUGCCUCAACUGUGGAAUCUUAGCACUAGACGAACCAACCACAAAUUUGGAUGGCCCGAAUGCCGAGAGUCUGGCAGCAGCUCUCCUUAGAAUCAUGGAGGACAGAAAGGGCCAGGAGAAUUUUCAGCUCAUAGUAAUCACUCACGACGAACGUUUUGCUCAACUGAUCGGUCAACGGCAACAUGCAGAGAGAUAUUAUCGGGUCACCAAAGAUGAUCUUCAGCAUAGUAUAAUUGAAGCCCAGGAAAUCUUUGAUUGAAUUCUUUCAACGGGUUUUUCCGAUACAUCACCGAGUGCCGAGAUUGAGGCAGCAUGCGACGGAUGCUGCCUCCAGAAACCGAAGUGAGACUUGUUUGUUACGCGUGUAAAGUUUAUAAAUGCAGUAGCACAAUUCAUUGAAGAA